CCUGGAAUCUGCACCAAGCUUCCCCGUCUCCCAUCAGCUUCCACAUCCCCCCCCCUUCAGGUUCUACUCUUUCUUUCCUUACACACGACACCACGCCACGCCACACAGAACGACACAUCUAUCAGAAUCCACCGCCAUGCGGCCCAUCGACGACGCCAUCUGAAGGGACCGACCGCCCCUGCACAUCCUCAUUUCUCCCGUCUCGCGGCCCAAGCCCGACUCUGGACUCGGACGAUGGGACGCCCCGCAAGCUAGCAUGGAGGUCGCCAGUCCACGCAACGGCGAUAAUGGCAGCGGCAGCGGCAGCAGUGGCGGCAAUCGCGCGGCGGUCAGGCUGCCAGCGGAGCUGCUCCUGCACGUCAUCGAGUGCGUGCUGCCGGGUAACUCGCGCGCUCUGCUGCCUCCCUGGCACUCGUCGACGCGGACCUUGCUCUCCCUGACGAGGGUGUCGCGUGCGACGUACGGGCACGCCUCCAAGCUGCUGCGGCAGCGAUGCGUCUACGUCGACUCGAGCGUGCGGCUGGCGACACUGCUGCAGUGCAUUCCGCGGCUGGUGCCGACGCUGCCGCCGGUGCCGGCGCUGCGUAACGUGACGUCGCUCUACCUGACGCCGUUCGGGCCGUCGCUCGACGAUCAGCCGACGGCGGUGUGGGUGCGCGAGCUCCUGUGCGAGGUGUGCGAGACACUGCGGCGGCUGGUGGUGCAGAUGCCUUUUGGCAGCCUGGACCCCCUCGACGACCACCUCAACGUGCGGCGGACGCUUCGCGAGGGCUUCGAACAGCUGACGGGGCUCGACGAAUUCGUGUGUCUGGGUGAGUACCCGGCACUGAGCCUGCCCGAGGCGCCGACGGACGUGUGGCGCCUGUGGCCCAAGCUGAAGCGGCUCGCGCUGUUUGGCGUGCCGGCCGACAGCCACUGGCUGUGGUGGGACGUGGCGACGCUGCCGGACCUGGGCCACGUGGUGCUGGCGCGGGCGCGGCGGCUGGGCGAGACCAACAUCAAGGACGAGUACUUCCACAAGCUGCCGCGGGGGGACGAGCGGCUGGGGCGGCGGAUCCGGGUGGUGCUGCUCGACGCGGCGUGGGAGGUGCCGGAGCUGGACACGGCGCGAUGGGCGGAGAUUGACCCGGAGGGCCGGAUGACUGUCGAGGUGCACGAGGUGCCGGUGCCCUUUUACGGCGACGAGACGCCGCAGGAGCUGGUGACGGGCUGGGUCAAGCGGGGAGCGCUGGACGGGACGUUGUGGGAGUGGAGGGGCGAGCGCGUCGGGCCGUGAGCCUGCUGGGCUUUGGGGAGGGAGUCUUGCUUGGCAUUGGUUCGUCGCGGGCUUCGAUGCGGGACGAGGGAGGCCAUGAGCAUUCAUUACCUCGUUCCUCCGUGCGAGAGCGCCGGUGCGCAGAGCACGGGGAUACCCCGCGGACUGUGACGGGCCGGGGCGAUGGCGAGAAACGGGGCGCUGCUACGUAGUAACUUAGGAGAGGGUUGCCACGACAAACGACAUACCGCCAACACCACCAGCAAAUGACUUGUCUUUGUCUGCGAGUUGUACAUACGAACUUGUUACUGAUGCAGGUCGCGAUGCAGCAGCACUCGUGGUGUCUCUCGCGGCGGGCGCGCCGUGACAACGGAUCGGGUUGGGACCAAGAGUGCUGCUGUCCGUACCUUGCAGCAGUUGUUGUUGCAGUUGUGUCGACAUACAAUAUGAUAGGUAUGACAUUGCCAGCCCCGAUCGAAUGUUCCAUGGAAGCGUCGCAACGGGCCCCGGCAGCCAGGGCAGCCAGGCCGUCCCGUCCCGAGGGUGUGGGGGGGAGGGUCGCGAGACGUGCGACCUGAGCGGAGCUGAUGAGAACAGCCUGAUGGGGGAGGGGGAGGAGGAGGAGGAGGAGGAGGAGGAGGAGGAGGGCCGGGCAUGCCGAAGAGGCCCGCCUCCGCAUUGUGUGUUGCCCAACAAGACGCUGCGCUGCACCUCGUGCACGUCGGUGACGACGACGCGGCGUCCGUCUUUCGUUGUCUGUGAUGUACGGAGUACAGUACAAUACGGGUGCUUGGGUGGUAGGAACACUCACACACGCCGUAGAUGAUCAAGGGAUGGAUCGAUGGAUGGAUGGGGGGCGCAGUCAUGUCGACGCCCAGGCUUGUACACGUUCAUCGCAUCACGCAGCUUGCUGCGGUGCAACGUCAAGACAGCAACGCCAACAAGCAAAGACAGUUUUGGAA